UUCUCUCUUCCUGAUGGUGGAGAGAUUUAUGGAGCAGUUUGAUGCAAUCCAGGCAGCUGCUCUGGAUCUACGGCUGAGGAAGCCUAUGGAGAAGGACAAGCUAGAAAGGUUCACGCACACCGAUUUAAUGAAGGCAGAGGAGUUUAUUAAGUGCAUGCAAGUCCUGUACACGUCAACCAGGUGUGUGUCAACUGACAAGUCACCCACAUGCAGCCAAAUCAUCCCCAUCCUGGCCAAGCUGGAGGCACAUUUCAGACGAUGUGAUGAAGACAGUGUUUUCACCUCUUCAAUAAAAGAGAAAGUCUGGGGUAGUCUGCAGAAAAGAUAUCAGGAUGAAAACCUUCAGAAAUUUCUGAAGGAGGCCACGAUGAUGGACCCACGUUUUAAAGGCAGGCUAGGUGGUGAGGCAGCUACUGACAUCUGGGACAGGUUGGAGAAGGCAGCAGUUGCAAAUGCCACAGCAGCAGUUGCACAGCCUCCCACUGAGGACCCCAAAGCACACAGCGAGGUGGAUGAUGCUGACAUGGACAAGCCAGAACAAUAUCUAAGUAAGGUCCAGAAGUCACCCUUAGAAAAGCUGUUUGAGGAUGAAGACAGAGAGCUUCAACAGGCUGCUUCUCAAGCGGGUAGAGUCCCCUCAAUCACAGAGCAGGUACAGAAGGAGCUUCAAAUAUACAAAAGACUGCCAGGAGUUACCUCUGGACAAGACCCUGUGGCCUGGUGGUGGAGUAAGAGGGAUACACUCCCCAAUUUAUCUGCCCUAUCAGAAAAAUACUUGUGUGUCUCAGCGUCAUCAACGCCUUCUGAAAGAGUUUUCUCUUGUGUUUGUGUUUUCAAUUGUUUAAGCACUGGUUCCAACCAAAGAAGUUAUGUUUUAUUGACAGAAAGGGCUAGGUUUGUUAUAAUUUUGUUUAAAAAAAAUUACUGGGAAAAAUAAAAACGCAAGAGGUUUUUGGA